UUUUAACGAUUACACGUUAGCUUCCUGUUUUUGUAUGCACAAACCAGCUUUGUUUUUGUUGAUAAUAUUAACAAUGCAUCAAUAUAUCAGAUCACGAUAUGUUAAUUGAAUUUACGCACCGGUAUAAAUACAGCGGGUCGAAUGCGCAUCCACAUCAGUAACAGCUGAAGUACAUACUCUGGUAACAAUGAAGUUCAUCAUCAGUUUGAUCUGCCUGUCUUUCGCAGUAGUAGCUUAUGCUGCUCCGCGAAUCGUCGGAGGCCAGGAUGCUCCCGAUGGCAAGUACCCAUACCAGGUAUCACUUCGAGCACCGUCCCACUUCUGCGGUGGCUCAAUCCUGAACAGCCGCUGGAUCUUGACAGCCGCUCACUGUGUUAUUGGACGUUCUGGAAAUGCGGUGACAGUAGUGGCUGGUACCCACUUGCUCAAUUGUGGUGCAGAGCAGACCUUCAAGUCCGAGUACAUAACAUGGCACGAGAAAUACAACGGCGGACUCUUCAUCAACGACGUUGGCCUGAUCCGCGUCGACAGGGACAUCGAAUUCAACGAGAAGGUCCAGCCGAUUCCUCUGCCCAACGAAGACUUCUCUAAGGUCGACUACCCUGUCGUUCUCACUGGCUGGGGCAGAACUCAGGCAGGUGGACCAAUUCCCAACAACCUCCAGGAGAUCAAUCUGAAGGUGAUCAGUCAAACCAAGUGUAGCGAUAAAAUGUCGGUAGCCAUCACGGAGUCCCACAUCUGCACCUUGACCAAGGUUGGAGAAGGCGCUUGCCACGGCGACUCUGGUGGCCCUCUUGUCGCUGACGGUGUCCAAGUUGGUAUCGUCUCCUUCGGAAUGCCAUGUGCUCGAGGAAUGCCCGACGUUUUUACCAGAGUUUACACUUUCAUUAGCUGGAUCAACGAGAAAAUGGGUCAAUACUAAAAUCUGUUGUCCUUAGAUGGAAUUUUUAAAAUAAUUGUGUAUCAACAGCAUGAUUUAUAUUGAUAUUUAAUGUUAAUAAAAUUUUGUUCGCAAUAAAUUAAUUGUGCUCCCUA